AAAAUGCAAACGAAUCUUACAUCGAUGAAUUUAUUCGUAUAUUACAAAUUUUAGAAGCAGAUAAAGACAAAGAUAAACUAACAAUCAUAACAAAGAACAAAAAUAUAUAUCUGAUGUUUAUUGAAAAUAGAAUCGAUAAAUGGUUAAAGAAUGGCUGA